AUGCGCACGCUCACCGGCGUCUCUCUUCCCUUUGAAUUUGUGCCUCUUUCUGUCGUCUCCUUCGGAUCCACCGUCAUAGCCGAAAGCUGCGACGCCGCUACCUCUGUUUCGUGGAUCCACGCAUGGACUGUUUCGCAUGGGAUAAUCACUCAGGUGAGGGAGUACUCGAACACUUCCCUCACGAUGCUGCAGAGAGAGGAAAGGUGUGGACAAGAGAAGUGUUGUGGUCAUGAGAAGAGAAAAGAGGUGUGGAUAAAGGUGUGGACUUGA